CUCGAGGGGUGGUUUGGCUCAAGUUUUGGCAGCGCGCCCCGCGGCGCCCACGCGUGCCCCCGGCCCCGCGAUGGCCCCGCGCACCACCGCUCUGCCACGGCACGGGCCUCCACCGCGCGAGGUGUGCAGCAGCAGGGCCCCGCCGCGGCGCUGGCAGGCGUGGAGCCCGAGGGCGGGGCCCUGCGUUGCCGCGCUCGCGCUGCUGCUCUGCGCUUCUCGGGUGGCGCCGGCUGCGGCGCAGUCCAUCGACGGCGGCAGGAGCGAGCUGCCCGGCAUGAAGCGCGACAUGUUCGACCAGUACGAGGCGAGCAAGCGCGGCGGCGGAGCGCAGAAGAAGGGCAAGGGCCCUCCGGAUUGCCCGAAGUCGGACGGCAUGUCGCCUUUCACCGGCAUCACCUUUGCCAGCGGGGAGAUGUACGUGAGGAUAAACGGCACCGAGGGCCAGUGCAGAAGACUUGUGAAGCUCGGAGGCGCCAACUACAGCACAAUGGUCAACUUCUCCAGGACGUGCGGUCCGGCAGGGGAGUACAAGCGGCGCAUCGCCGAGAACAUCAGCACGAUAUCUUUCUGCGGCGGCUUGGACUGGGCAAAGCACGACGGCGAAAUGAUAGAGGUCGAGACGGAAGACGGGACGUUUGAGGUCGAGGUCACCGAGGCCAAAUACGAAGUUUUGCUCGAGUGCUGGAAGCGGGGUUGUGAUUGCGAGCAGGCCAAGAAUCCGAAGAUGAAGGCCAUCUUCAUUGCUCUGGGCGUCAUCGCAGUUGGCGGGUUGAGUUACGACUCGCUGAAGGUAGCGUGGGCCAAGAUAAGUGGAGCGAAGCCUCCGAAGCAUGUGGAGUGUAAGAAAGGCCACCGGAUGGAAAAGGUGAAGCUCACCAGGACUCACUAUUGCGACGUGUGCGGCGUCGCUGGCACACUGUACCAGUGCAGAGAGAAUUGCAACUUCGACAUGUGCAAGAAGUGCUACGACGAUCGCAAGACGAAGGUGAAGGCCACGUUCGCCGCGUGGCUGGAAAAGCACCCCGAGGAGAAGAGCAAAAAAAAUAAGAAGGACGACGAGGACCAGAGGGACGACCGGGAGGCCGACGAGGCCUCCAAGAGCGAGGCCGAGAGCGAGGGGCGGAGUGGGCGAGGGGAGGACGCCAAGAGCUCCGCGAGCGGGGACCUGGGCAACGCGGCCAGCGAGCAGGGCGGCGCCGACGAGGGCGCCGCCGACGAGGGCGCCGCGGGCGAGCAGGAGGGCACGGAGUGAGCGCCUCCUGUGACCGAGCCCCUAUUUCUCGGGCCUCCAUCGGGCCUCCAGGCAUCCCCCCGGGAGCUCCCAGGGCUCCGAGAGGCGAGCCGGUGAGUCUGCGGUGGUGCGGGGUGGGGUCGCCCGUGCUCCUCCAGAGGCAGGCGCCGCAGUCUGUGGGCCGAAGUCCGCUCGACUCAAGAGUGAGCGCCUCCCGUAGGGGCUUCCUGCUCGUGCCUCCAGGCCCCCCCCCCUUGUCCAUCUAUUCAAGCAUUGGCGAAGAUCUUCCCCUGUGCAGGUAGUGUUCAAUUUUCCAGUGUGUGCUCUUGCACGCGCACAGCUUUGUGUACGGCUUGUCUGUUUGUCUGUCUGCUCUGUGACCCUUGGCAGUGAAGACGCUGGUGGCGCUUCUCCUUCGUCCAACAGCUUGAAGUCUCAUCGACACGCGGAGUUCGGUAGCAAAUCAUGGUUGCCGCCGACCGCAGAGCGCGUCUGCCUCACCGGCUGCCCAGAGUGCGCCGGGGGCGGCGCCAGAGGCGGCCCCAGGGGUAUAGAGAGACGGGGCCCCGCGGCGAGAGCGCUGGGCUCCCCCCCCCCCGACCUCCUGCGGGGCGCCCGCCCGCCGGCCGGCGUGACAUCGCGCGCCCUCGCCUUCCCCCGCAACCCGACGUCGCGAAAAA